AUGUUUUCAUUAAGCUUAUUUUUUGAUAUUGAUUCAAUUUCCAUACUUGAGUUUUUAAUAGAUAAAUAUUCGUUUCUUAAAUUGGAAAGUUCAAUUGUUUCUUUCUCUAAUUCUAUUUCUCUGGAAUUAAGAAAUUUAUCUAUUGAUUUAAGUUUUCCAUUUAAUUCUUUAGAAAGUUUGAUUAAUUUUAUUUUUAAUAUCGAGUUUCUAUAA